AUGGCGAGGCCCGUGAGUGGCUCCCUCUCGGGGAAGGUAGUUUUGCCGUGCCACUUCUCCACCAUACCCACUACCAUGCCCGCCAUCAACGCCAAUGGCACCACCCCCAGCACCGACUACCUGCGCAUCAAAUGGACCAAAAUUGAAGGGGAAAUGGAAUCCACAGUGCUGGUGGCCCAAAAUGGCAAGAUUAAAAUAGGCUCCACCUACAGGAACCGUGUGUCGGUGCCCAGCCACCCAGAGGAUGUGGGGGAUUCUUCUCUGACCAUGGUGAAGCUCCGAGCCAGCGAUGCCGGCACCUACCGCUGCGAAGUCAUGUACGGCAUCGAGGACACGCAGGACACGGUCAACCUCAAUGUCAACGGUGUUGUGUUUCACUACCGGGCAAGCACCAGCAGGUACACCAUGAACUAUGAGAGUGCUGUCCAGGCCUGCCAAACAAUAGGAGCCUCCAUUGCCACGCCUGACCAGCUGAAAUCAGCGUAUGAGGACGGCUUUGACCACUGUGAUGCAGGUUGGAUCGCAGAUCUGUCAGUUAGAUACCCAAUCACUAGACCGAGACCUGGCUGCUAUGGAAACCUGCAGGGGAAGCCUGGGGUGAGGACAUAUGGACCCCGAAAGGCCACAGAGACCUAUGAUGUGUACUGUUAUGUGGACAAGCUGAAUGGUGAGGUGUUCUACGCGCCUGUGACCCAUAAGAUGACGUUUGAGGAGGCAAAGGAGGAGUGUGAGAACAGGAACGCCAUCCUGGCGUCGCCGGGUCAGCUCCACUCCGCCUGGAGACAGGGUCUGGACAGGUGUGACUACGGCUGGCUGGCCGACGGCAGCGCUCGCCACCCCGUCGCGGUACCCAGAAUGCAGUGCGGCGGCGGUCUGCUGGGCGUCAGGACCAUGUAUCGCUACAGGAACCAGACUGGCUUCCCAGAACCCAUCACCCAGCUGGGAGCAUACUGCUUCAAAGGCAUCCACUCCUGCACCGAGAACAUUUGUCUGAACGGGGGCUCUUGCUACAGAAGCAGACGUUUCCAAUCUUGCAGCUGUGCCCCUGGCUACAGUGGGGAUCGUUGUGAAACAGACAUUGAUGAAUGUCAAUCCAACCCCUGUCGCAAUGGAGGUACCUGCAUUGACGGCCUGAAUUCCUUCACCUGUGUUUGUCUCCCAAGCUAUGCUGGAUUGUAUUGUGAUGAAGACACUCAAACGUGUGACUACGGCUGGCAUAAGUUCCAGGGACACUGCUACAAGUACAUCCCCCAGAGGAGGAACUGGGAUACAGCGGAGAAGGAGUGUCGGGUACAGGGGGCACACCUCACCAGCAUUCUCUCCCAUGAUGAGCAGCAGUUUGUCAACCGUCUUGGACAGGACUACCAAUGGAUCGGCCUGAACGAUAAGAUGUACGAUAAUGACUUCCGCUGGACCGACAGCAUGCCCAUGCAAUAUGAAAACUGGCGCCCCAACCAGCCGGACAGUUUCUUCUCAUCUGGAGAGGACUGUGUGGUGAUGAUCUGGCACGAGGACGGCCAGUGGAACGAUGUGCCCUGUAAUUAUCACCUCACCUUCACCUGCAAGAAAGGCACAGUGGCCUGUAAUCAGCCCCCUCUGGUACAGAAUGCUCAGACCUUCGGCAGGAAGAGGUCACGCUAUGAGAUCAAUGCUCUGGUGAGGUAUCAGUGUAAGGGCGGCUUUAUCCAGAGGCAUGUGCCAACCAUCCGUUGCCGUGGAGAUGGCCGAUGGGACAUCCCCAAAAUUGCUUGCAUGAGUCCAUCAAACUCCCAAAGGGCAUUCUCAAGGAGGCACCAGAGCUACAGCCUGUUCAGCAGUAAUAACUACAAGUGGCGGUCCGACGAGGCAGAGGCCCGACACCGUCCUCACCAUCGAGGAAGGAGAUUGAGGAGAUCGGUGAACAGGCGAAACAGAAGACAGGGAUCGCCGUGGUUAGGCUAGGUUACGCCUGCUCACAAUCUGCACAAUAGGACUGCAUGACUGUCACUCAUGUGGAGAUGUUUUUUUUUUUUACGAAUGAAAAAAGAAAAAUACAUUUGAACAAAAAAGGAACAAAAAAAACAAACCCAAAGGAAAUGUGAAAUUUUCUUACCAUUUUGAUGAUGGAAUCUUGGAAUGAAGUGCCUUUUCAAAGAAUAUUCUGAUAUAGGGACACUAAUUUAUAACAACGCCAAAGUGGAUACCUUCCACUGGCUACUGGAAAUUAAAGAAAAAUAACCUCUCAUGAGUGUGCUGGGGAAGAACUUCGAACCAAAUAGUGCAUUCAUUAGACAGUCCUCUAUUUUACACAGACUGAAGAUUGUUCAACUCUUACAUGGUGAAAAAGAUACAGGCAAAGAUCAGCUUUUGUGAAAUUAUUGUGCUUGUGUUAUACAAAAGAAUUCAAAACAUUUUCAAAUAGUCUGUGCUACGCAGCUCCUAACGCUCAAAUGAAUCCGCAGUAACCAAUACAUCUCCCAUUAAGGUCCUCUCCAUAAUCCGGAAAUACAAUUUCAAAGAAAGAGGAUCUAUCCUUGGGUUUAACAUCAAUAGAGCUCCUGUUGUUAAACAUGAUUACUGUAUGUAUUUUAUGCAGUUUUUCAUCCAAGAUUUCAUCUUUACCAGAGGAACGGAGCAGGCCCUGGGACUAUUGGAUGGCACACAUCACUGACCAAUCAGAUUUCAGAUCACUGAAAGAGAAAAGAAACAUGGGGGAUGCCGAGCCAAUCAAUUUAGAGUGCUUGUGAGGUCAGCUUUGAACAAAUAACCAGUUCCUUGUCACCAGCUGCAGCCUUCAUCUCGUCUCAUCCGUGUGUUGUAAAGAUAAAUAUAGAGUUGAAGUCGGAAGUUUAAAUAAACCAUAUCCAAAUACAUUUAAACUAUGUUUUUCACAAAUCCUGACAUUUCUUCCUUGUCUGUAAUACCAACAUGUUUUAAAAGAACAAUAAGGUAACCUGCCUAGAAGACUACUGACACACAGCACUCACGACUGUCACCAUGAAGUGCUUUGAAUGGCUGGUCAUGGCUCACAUCAACACCAUCAUCCCAGAAACCCUAGACCCACUCUAAUUUGCAUACCGCCCAAACAGAUCCACAUAUGAUGCAGUCUCUAUU